AAAUAAAUGGAUAUGAAAAUGAAAUACAAAUCACUACCGCCAUUAGUGGAGGGCAAAAUUUAUGGUUACUUAAAGCUGGUUAUAGAUGAAGUUAUUUGGUUAAAAAAAUAUCUUGGUGAGAUCAGUGUAUUUGUAUCGUGGUGGGGAGAAACGGAUAAAGCUCAAUUUAGACCAGCAGAUAUUACAAGGAAUGUUAUAAGAUCUCAACAAGAAACAACCACAAUUUAUGCCAUUCGUACAAAUAUAAAUCUUUUUGAAGAAUAUAUUAAGAACUGUGAAUCUAUAGAAUUAGUCAUUGUUGACGAGGAAACCGAUACAGUUAUAGGAACAUCUCAAAUUGCAGAUUUAUUAGAAAUUUGUAAAAGUAGAGCAUAUUUUAAAUAUGUUCCAAUUAUAAAUAAUUCUGGAAAUAAAAUAGGAGAAUUACAUAUUUCUAUGAAAUUAGAGCAUGUUGCAAAAUCUUUAAAUAUACAAUUAAAAUCAUGCAAGCAUGAUAAUAAACAAGUUAUUUCUGAUACUAUACAUGAUGUGACAAAUGACAAAUAUAUAACAUGCAGAAAAUUGAAAUCUGAAGAAAAUGAAAUUUACAAAUCUGUUUUAAAAUCAAGAAGACUAGAAUUUCAAGAACCUGCAAAGAGAUUUAAUAAUGAAGUAACAGAUAAACUUGUAGCUGCAGUUGUAGCAAGAGCACAAAGACUUAGAGGUGCUUUACUAAAGGAAACACAUAAUGAAGAUGUUUUUAUCUUUAAUGAUAAUUUAUUAAGUAACAGUUUACAAUCUCAUAUUUCUACUGAAGAGCAAACAAAAUUAUGUGAAUAUCUUCUAGGUCAAGACAUGACUUCUUCAGAUGAAAGUAAAGCAUUAUGUACUUUCAGAUCAACAUCUGUGACUCCUAAUUUAAUAGAUGAUAGAUCUAAUUACUUAAAAACCUGUAAAUAUGAUAAUAAAUUAAGUACAUCAAGUAAUACAUCUCCUACACCAACCAAUUCUUCAGUAAAUGAAAUACUAUCAGAAAAAAGACUAUGCAGUAGUUCAAAAGAGGUUGCAACAUUUAAGAAUAUAGAUUACAUUAGGAUUUUUGUGAAAUCAUUUACUUUAAGCCCUGCUGGUUAUAGAAGGGUUAAAUCUUCUUCAUUAUCGCAUGAUGAUAAUAAUUUUCUUUCUGCAACAUAUUUUGUUCAAUAUGAUAUGACUUUUAAUUAUAUCAGAGAAAUAGAUAAAAAGUGGGUGAAAGAAAACAGACCUAUAAGAAUAUGUUCUAAAAAGCAAACAAAGCAAGUAAUUUAUUUCAAUCACGAUGGUAUAUAUGGAAUAUUAAAAUCGAAACCGUCCAUAGAGUAUAUUAUUAAAUUUAAAUUAUUUGUUCGCCAUCUUAAUAAAAAAUCGUUAAUCGAGUUGGGAACCGCUACUAUGCACAUUGAUGAUAUUAUGAAAAAUAAAAAUUCGAGUAUUGCACAGUCUUUAAUUGUUGUUAAUAAAGGAAUAAAAGUAGGCGAAUUGAGUGUAAUUGUAGAAUUAGAUUCAGAUUCUAGUCAUUUUGGACAACAUAUUGAUGGUAUAAUAUCUACCAAGAAGGACAUGUCUAUCCCGGAAACACAAGAAUUAUUCACCGAGGAUAGUAAUAAAGAAGGUAAAAAUGUCACAGGAAAUCAUACUAAAACGAGUAAUCAGAGACCAUCAACUUCGAUGAGAAAAAUAGAUCACUUAACUAAUACUAGUGAUUUAUUUGCUACAAGAAAUGUACCACAGUAUAAGACGAGAAAUACAGAUGAUAAAACGGUUGAUGUUACAAAUCAAGAACAUACUAUCGAGGAUAAGGUUUUACUUCACGGUCUAAUAUAUAUUGCUGAAGGAAAGCAACUACCGGAAGUAAAUACGUAUUUAAUAUGUAGAGCAUUUUGGAGAGAGGAUAAGAUUAAAAGUCAAGUUUGCAACAAUACAACAACUCCGUUUUAUAAUUUUUGUCAACUAGUGCCUCUUCUUUACGGUAAUGAUUUAUUAGAUCGCAUUAAGGACAAUUACAUAAUCAUCGAAGUUUACUAUAGAAAUAAUAAUGUAGAUAAUUUAUUAGGAUUGGCAAAAUUGUCUCUUCAUCAGUUUUAUAUUGCUUAUAGAGAUCCACGCGUACUGUCUCAUUUGUUAUUGUCUAAGUAUCCUGUAGUAGGUGUUGAUGGAUGGGUACCAAUUGUGGAUCCUGUUACUAGUCAAUCUUACGGUCAAUUGCUCGCAUUAGUAGCUCUUGGAACUGCCGAACAAAUUGCAUUGCUAGAAAUGUCUAAAGGUUUAAGAAAUAUGUCUGUUAUACCGCGAACAAUAGUUUCAGAAAGCGCUUCUAAUUGCACAGAACAUUUACUGACUCCUCAACAGCCAAUGCAGAAUCCGAAACAAUUGCAGUCUAACUUUGAAACAAACGCUACUGAUAGUACUAUGAGAAGAUUGUAUUCUCCAAAUUUAAGAACUCAAGAAUGUCAAACAGACAUUUCUACUGUUAAGGAAUUUAAGUUUAAUAAAGAGUCACAAGAAGAGGUUUCAGAUCCAGAAUAUUCUCUGUCGCAUAAUGUAAUUGAUCAUUCAACGCAAGUUUUUAAUGUUAAUAAAGCAAUCAUAGAUCAAGCAGCACAAACUGAAACAGAUUUGGAAGAAAAAAAACGAAUAGAUGCUGAAGAGCAAACAUGUAUAAAUGAAUUGUAUUUUAAUAAUGCUUCUGAUGAUAGCGAUAAUAACAGUAUCAAACAUAAUUUUCAGUUACCUACAAACACCUAUAGAAGUGUUGGUGUUGGUGCUGAAUAUGAUGAAGAAAGUGAUCAACAAGUGAACACUGCUCACAGCAAUACAACAUUUAAUUUACCAAGUGUAAUUCAUAUAGAAAACGAAGCAAAUUCUUCGUGUAACCAAACAACAUUCAGGGCUAUUGUAGAAAUUGAAUGUGCUUUACAUUUGCCAAAGGUAGAAAAAGCAAAUGAAACUAUUGAACCAAGCACAUAUGUAUCAUUUCAGGCCAAUAAAUUUGACUCUUUAAAACAUUCAAAUUCAUACACGGUUACUAAUGUUGUUCCACGUAGUUGUAAUCCUAAAUGGAACUGGAAAUGUGAUACUAAACUAUCAACGGAAUUGCUCUUACAUGAUGAAAAGAGGUUGAUCUUAAAAAUUUGGCGUAUAUUUGACCCAGAUAUUAGUAUGCAAAUAAAUUUAGAGAACGAUAUUGUUAUAGGAUUUUCUGCCAUUGAUCUUUCUAUUUUACUUAGCGGUUUUCCUACUGUAUCUGGUUGGUUUCAUAUAAUGGAUUUCACUGGAAAAUGCAACGGCCAAAUAAAAGUAUGUAUAACACCGCUGGAUAAUUUAGUUCUACUCGGGAAACCGACAACGCUAAGUACAACGCGACUGCCAAUAUGUACCGUAUCUCAAUUGAGUGAACUUUCGCCGUGUAAUUAUGAAAUGCAGUAUGCUAAUGCGGAAGAAAAUGACACUAAUUACAGUACAUCGAUACCUACACAGGAAGAAGAUAAAUCAGAGUAUAGUGAAAAUCAGUUAAACAAUCAUGUAACACAUGUUGGUCUUGAAGAUAUGUCUAUGUCAUUUUUGUCUUUAUCUUUGAAACAAAAACUAACCGAACUGGAUGAAAUUACGAAACGUUUAAAGUCACGAUUGCGUGAUGUCACAAAUACAGCUUUUGAUGACGAUUUCGAAAAUGAGUUUGAUUUGAACGAACCGAAUAGUGAUAACGAAAAUAAUGACUCUAAAACUACAAAUCCUCUUGUAUCUAAUGCGUCAACCAAUAACAACGAUAUAACACAUCAGUCAGAAAAAAGCUUACCACGUAAUACAAAUCCUAUAGCGAUUGAAAAUCAAAAUAUAUCGAGUGGAAGUGACAUUCAGAAUCACUUACCCGAGACAUAUAUUAAUUGCAGUAGAACAAUUAAUUAUGAAAUAAUGAAACCUGGUUCUUCCAAAGCAUCGAAUUUUUGUAGAAAACGAAAUUUAUCAAAUAAUAAUUACUGUGCGCGACAUCAAAACGAUUAUUCAGUAGAAAAUAUCAGAACAUCGGAUAAUGUUUUGAGUGAUUGCCCAGAACGUGGAACAAGAACUCAUAUAAAUUACUUGCUUGAUAAAUUAUCUUUAGACUUUCCCGAGCAAUCACAUUCAAGUAAAGUUAUACCAAUGAAGAAAAAUGUUACUAGUAAUACACAACAAAAUAAUACAAGUAUCACUUUUCAAAGUAAUAAUAAAUGUGACCAAGAAGUUAAAGUAUAUACUGUACCUACUCAAACAGAUAAUGUAGAUGAAGAAAAUAUUGAACAUUCUAAAAGCCAAAUGGGAAAUUGUAUAACCAUUGACGAAGAUGAUGACUGUAAUGAUAGAGAUUCGCCUGAGGUAUUUACACAAUCACAAAUUCCUAAUAAAAUGUCAACAGUAAUCCGUGAAGAAUUAGUUGCUGAAGAAAGUAAUAAUACAUCAAGAUGUGACGAAUUAACAACUUACCUUGUAACUUCAAACAUUCGUCAUAUGGAUUUAAAUAAUAUUUUUAAUCCACUUUUGUAUCAACAUUUGGUACCAGACUUACAUCAUUUAAAUCCAUCAUCAGAGGAAGAGAUUGUUGAACAACUAGAUAACCGUUAUAGCAAAGCUUUUAAUGCAUCAAUAAGUAGUAGAUUAAACAAAGUGCAAAGCUUAAUGGAGAUUAAUAUAUCUCCGGAAAAUACUGAUCUAUUUAGGAUAACACCAUCCGGAGUGUCAGAAAACAUUAAUGACAGCCUUGACUUAACUGUUCUUCAUAAAUCUAAUUACAACCAUCUACUUACAAGUAAUAGUGCAGAAUCAACUACAACUAUAACAACUGAAAAAUCGCUAAUAAAAUUAACUGAUGCAGAAGCGACUGAAAAUAGUUGUUCUACUUCUUCCGAAACGUCGGUACUUUCAAGACAAGCUCCUGAUGGUGGUAACCCGGUUGAAGAUAUUAUGAAACCAUUAAUUGUACAGCAACAAAGUGAAACUCAAGAUUCUUCUUCAAGUAGUUGUAAUUAAUGUGUAAUGAAAUUGACUUAAACAUAUUAUUUGACUACUCAUUUUUAUCAUUCAACAUAGGAAAUAUAGAGUACACAAUUCUGUAAAUUUAUUAGUAUUUUUGUUUGCGGAAAAACAGGUAUGUGCAUCCAAACUAAAUCAGUUUGAAUUUUAUAUAAUUUAUCAUUCUACACUUUAUACAUACAUAUAUAAAAUGAAAUAACUAAUACUUUAUAUUAUUAACACGUUAUUUUUAUUCAGCAAUUAUAAAAUAUGAAGCAUACACACAUUAAUACAAAGGUAGUACCUAACAUUAAUUAGUAAUAUUCCCUUUGUAUGGACUGAUUACCAUGUAUACGUAAUAAUAAUAAUAAUAAUAAUAGCAUAAAAAUAUACAUUAUCAAACAGAAUCUUUUAUUAAUUACGCAAAUAUAU